GCCAGAUCUAAGUCUAUCGAUAGCCCGAUAGCAGGCCACACAAAUAAAUAAUAAAUUGAGUUAUUUUGUUUAAACCAGAAUCAGAAUGUCUGUCCUGCGCCGUGACGUUUCGCCUUUGCUGCAGCGCAUCCGGGCCUUCCUCCUGGGCCGGGAGCACAAUUUGGCGCUUCGCUUCGAGGACGGACUGGCCGAUCGCACCCAGCCGCAGCCGGAAAUCCCCGACGGACCCUCCCACCUGGCCUCCGCCAACUACUACUGCCAGCGGGACGCCCGGCGCGAGGUCUUCCCGCCCAUCGACCUGGUGGAGCAGCAGAAGCAGCUGGCGGCGGAGGCCGGCGAGGCGGCCAAGGCCUCCUCCUCCAAGCUGCCCACUCCGGGCAAGACCUACGCCUGGGAUUAGGAGGCCCCAGUCCCCCGAAGGGAAUCCGCGGGAAUGUUUUUUUUUGAGUUGUAGUGCGAGUUAAAGCUAAUAUAGAAUCCAUUCAAAUCGAAA